UUUCUUUUUUUUCAGUAAAAUUUUUCAUCAAAAAGCUAAAAAAAGCUUUCUCAUUUUUUUCAACAAAUCAAUCCUUUCCCCAAUUCAUUUUGAUUUUUCCGUUCAAUUUCUUUAUUUAUUUUUAAAUUAUCUGAUAAAUUUUUCUUUAUCGAAAAAAGAAAUGCGUUUAGAAAAAAGUACUGAUGUUGGUCGUGGCAAAUUUGAAGAUGAAGUAAAGCCGGCUUUAGAAUUACUUCUCAACGAUUUGCAAAGAACAACUGAAAUUCUUCGGAAGGGUCAUCUACGCAAGGCAGGAGAUGACAACGAUUUUGAGACGGCUGAUAAUACUGAGCGACUUCUUAAAGAAGCAUCCAGUGGAAAAUCUAAAAGUCCGUAUGCCCACCAACGUGUUGGUGAAGUCUCUCCCCUUCUCUCCGAUGGAUUCAACUCUGCAGAGUUUUCAACUACUACGCCUUUGAAAGCUCAACGAGAUCCUAUGUUGGAUGGAGACAAACUUGGGAUUCACACAAUACCUAAGGGGGAUUGUCCUCAAUGCGGGGAGGCUGUUAUUGGCCCUGUAGUAAUAGCACUUGGAAGAAUGUGGCAUCCAGAGCAUUUCUGCUGUGCACAGUGUGGUGAUCCUAUUGGGCAUAGAAACUUUUUUGAGCGACAAGGAAAGGCAUAUUGUGAAAAUGACUUCCACGAUAUGUUCUCCCCCAGAUGCCACUAUUGUAAUGGAUCUAUUAAGGAGCGUUGUGUAACCGCUCUUGGUAAAACAUUUCAUGUCGAUCAUUUUGUCUGUGCCGAAUGUGGACAUCCUUUCCUCGAUGGAGGCUUUCAUGAAAGGUCCAACUCUGCUUAUUGUCGUGAUUGUUUCUAUCGCCAGCACGCUCCCAAGUGUCAAGGAUGUAAGCAACCCAUUACAAACAAAUUCAUAAAUGCUUUAAACACCCAAUGGCAUCCCGAGUGUUUUUGCUGUCAGGCCGACAAGUAUUUUGGUGAACGUUGCCCAAUGGCUGUAGACAUUUACGACGAGAUUGAUUUAGAUGAUGAUGAAACUUUCAAUAGGACAAGAGAUUAA